UGUGCACGACCUUCGGCUCCCGAAAGUGCCCUUCUUUUCUUUUCUUUGGCCAGAGGCAGGCCGCCUUCUGCACGUGCCCGUCGGCCGGGCACAGGGCCAAGGCAGCACGAGGGAAAUUGUAAAGAACAUGAAGCAUCGUCGGACUAGGUACUUGGAAUUCGUCGGGCGAUGAGACGCAUUCUCCAUCGCACCAGUCCGAAGUCUGUAAUAGAGACCAGGUAGCAGGAAGAAAAAUCGCCGAGAGAUCUGGGCCAACAAUUAUGCGCUGGAUCCCCGGAUCCAAAAUGCCGAUUCGAAAUGCCAAGGACCACCAGCCGAUCCCGGCGCGACGAAACCAACCGCAUGAGGUUCCCUCUGGCAUCCCGCCCAGCCCGCCUUUGCGCGACCACUGGUGUCUCCCCACGAGGAAAGCCCUGCAGCAGGUCUGCUGUGGGCGGGAACUGCUCUGCUGCUGUGCCAUGUGCGUCGUCGGGCUUUACCUCGCCGAUCUUGUCCCUCCCUUGGGAGAGAGGCGACUUGGCUGGGCGGUCGCAGCUUCAUGUCUGGCCGUGUCACCAUCGCGGCUGGCCUCCCCCUCGAAGCCGCUUCCGAUUGUUAUACACCGUGCCACCUCGGUGUGAAGGGAGACGGGAGCGGAGAUUUUUUCCUAACCUAGACCUUCUC